GGACCCCCCACCAAACCACCAUCCAAGUCUUCGUCUUCUCUUCUUCUACUUUUCGUGUAUCUAUUUACCUAUUCCCCCAUUUUUAUCAGCUUUACUUUCCCCUACUUCGAUGUAUUCAAUAGGGAACCGAGAUAUUUUUUGUAGUGAAGAAGAUAAGUGUUGAAGGUUGAGGGAGGAUAAAGAGAGUGAGAGAGAUAUGGAAAAUGGAGGAGACAGUUUGGUGCCUAAACUUGUGGGAUUGAAUUUGAAUGAUUCAAAUAAUGUUCCAAAGAACAAUGACGGGUUGUUUCAGGUUUUGAAAGCAGUUGAAGCUGCUGAAGCCACCAUUAAGCAACAGGUUGACGAGAAUAAUCGAUUAAGAGCAGAACUUCAAAAGAAGAUUCUGGAAGUUGAAAAAUUUAGAUCAGGAGAACUGAAAGGUCAAACUCCUUGUUCUGUUGGUCAGUUGGAUCACCUUAAUGAGGCUGAUGGAGCUCAUCCAUCAACUCUGGGUUUUGGAAGUCAAAUUCCUGAACUUACAUACAUGGACAGUAUAGGACAUAAUUUGUCUAGUAAUAUGGUUCUUGCAAAAGAUCCCAGGCAAAAUGAUUUGAACUUGACUCUUAAAAAUCAGGGAGAAAGCGACACCGAAUAUAGCAAGGUGAAUGGUACAUUGAGAGCACUACCUGGUGGUCAGACAACAACUGAUAAUUCUGGCGUCUCUCAUUUCUCAUCACCUUCGGCAUCAUUUUCACCAAACAGGUAUCAAAUAGAAGCAGAAUAUGACAGACGGCUCAAUUUAUCUGGACAAGGUCUGAUACCAGUGGCCGAAGUUAGCAGCAGUAUGAAGCAGGAUCUUGUUUUGAAGAUCCAGGAGCAUGAACAGGAGAUUAUACAAUUGAGGAAACAUCUUUCUGAAUAUUCCAUCAAGGAAGCACAAAUUCGCAACGAGAAAUAUGUUCUGGAAAAGCGAAUUGCUUAUAUGCGCAUGGCCUUCGAUCAGCAGCAACAAGAUCUUGUUGAUGCUGCAUCUAAAGCGAUAUCGUACAGACAAGACAUAAUUGAGGAAAACAUACGUCUUACAUAUGCACUGCAGGCUGCACAGCAAGAAAGAUCAACAUUUGUAUCAUCUUUGCUGCCGCUUCUUGCAGAGUAUUCUCUUCAGCCACCCGUAACUGAUGCCCAAUCAAUUGUCAGUAAUGUCAAGGUUCUGUUUAGACAUUUACAAGAGAAGCUCUUUGUUACUGAGGCAAAGUUAAAGGAGUCUCAGUACCAAAUGACACCUUGGCGAUCAGAUAUAAACCUGUCAAAUUUUGCUCAAUCACCUCCUCAUUCUGCUGAGAUUAAAGAAGGCCUUGAACUAGUACCACAACAAGCAUAUUCCAGUGAAAAGGCUCCUCUUUCUUCAGAUCCCCAGACUACAACAGCAUGGGAUCCCUUGAGAAAUUCUCAGACUGGUUUAAACCGUGAUGCUGCAAUAAAUCUGGAGACUGAUGACUUGGGGGGGUAUUCACCUCUUACAAGCAGGAAUACUACGACCGAAGUCAUACCAUCCCAACUUGCAGGUAAUAUGCAUUUGAAGUCUAAAAGUGAAGAAACACCCAGUAAGCAAGUCACUUUUAGCGAUCUCAUCAGCAGCAAUGAGAUGGAUGAUUCUGAGAUGGGGAGACAUCAAAACGAUAUAGAGCCUAAUUGGGCCCAUAAAAGCUCACCAUAUACAUCACAGCUAGAUGAUCCAAGCUCAUCGUAUCCUUACCUGCCACCAGUUCUCGAGGAACCUUCAUCCUCCUAUUCGGAAGCCGCAGAUGAAGAGGCACUACCUGCAAUAGAGGGUCUCCAAAUUUCUGGUGAAGCUUAUCCUGGACAGGCACUCCAAGCUUGUGGCUACUCUAUUAAUGGAACAACCAGCUGCAAUUUUGAGUGGGUUCGUCAUUUGGAGGAUGGAUCUUUCAACUAUAUAGAGGGGGCAAAGCAACCGACAUACCUUGUCACCGCUGAUGACGUUGAUACGUACCUUGCCAUUGAAGUCCAGCCAUUGGACAACCGGAAGCGGAAGGGUGAACUCGUGAAGGUCUUUGCAAAUGAGCAUAGGAAGAUCACUUGUGAUCCUGUAAUGCAUAGUUGCAUAGAGAAAACCCUUUAUAGUGGUCAUGCUUCGUAUAGAGUUUCAUUAUCGACACGAUAUCUUGAUAUAUGGGAGCCUGCUACCUUGGCCAUCAAGAGAGAUGGUUACAGCAUCAAGGGUAAUGGGCCUGGUGGUGUUCUAGUCAGUGAGAAGUUUUCUCAAUCUACAAUUGUUUCUAUUCCAUAUGGAAAUCCUACGGAAUUUUCAAUCUUCGAUAGUCGGGGAGUUGAGCAUCUUGUGAAGGCUGAGAAUGAUCAAGGCGACAUUAGCUGUUCAAGGGAUACAAUUGUCCUAACCAUGAGACUGUUUAUUAUAAGGGCUGGGGAGAAGAAAAAAGGAAGGAGGAGAGGGUUGUUCUUCAACAAGUGAAAAGACCUUUGUCAACCUACCGAAAACCAUAUCUAUUAGUGAUACUUGUAUUCUUCUGUGAGUAGUUAAGCUUCUAGAUUUGCAUUUCUUUUGUUAUUUUUUUGGGUUAAUCGUCCUCUUAUAUUUUGUAAGUUCAGGUUAUCAUUGGCCCCAUCCCCGGCCUAUUAUUUUUCUUUUUAUUUUUAUCUUACAAGAAAAGAAAGAGAAAAGACUUAUCCGAAUAAGAUAAAAAGAGAUGAAAAAUGCAUCAUUACAAAGGGAGAAUCCAGGGGAAAAAAGAAUUGGAGGAAAAACAUUUUCUUGAAGUAAUUUGAAUAUUCAUGUAAAUCUCGAAAAAUUUACAAAAUUUUAAUGAUGUCAGAAAUGAUUGUGGUUAAUAACUUUUGGUGGCCUUUAAACUAAAUGAGAAAUUCAGUCUAGGCGUUUGAAUUG